UUCAAGGUCCUUUCACUCCGACGGUUCUGUUACUAUACUGCUGUGCUCGAAAUCUGACAAAAUGCCGUACAUUCUCGUUCGAGCCAACUUCAACGUUCCACAAGAAUUCGACGCCAAGCUGUCCAAGCUCAUGUCGGAAAUUUCGAAAAUGCAUGAGGGGUACAUCCUUUCCGAACUCCGCGUCAACAAACGCCUGCUCCUUGGCGGGUCCGGUGAGAAGUGUGUGUACAGUGACGUGCGUUUGGCAGACGUUCUGCUGAGUAACGAGGGAGACAAGGAAAAAUGGUCUAAAGGGAUCCAAGACUUCCUGGUUGGAGAGCUUGGCGUGAAGCCUGGAAGGUGCAUCAUGUCGAUCACACCGAUACCCCUUAACGUCGGGUCCAUUGAAGGGAGACCAGUGUCAGAGUGGGUGCCUCCUCCGGACUGGUACGGUGGAUACUGAGACAGACUGGUCUUCAAUAGGAUCUGCACACUUCUGUAUCAUGCAUAAGAAUUACUUACCAGUUUGUCAAAUUUUCAAUUCAAUGUAUUCUUGUCGAUGAGCCCAUCAUAGACUUAGAUUUCUGGAUCGUAAAUUUGUUCAUACAUGUUUCAAAAAGAGAGAAGAGAUCCUGUAGAUAUAGAUGUAGCACAGCAAUGUAACACUUGUUCCUUCUAUCCUUGUACCUCAGUGCAUUUGGCCCAUGUAGGGCGUAAAUAUGCAAUAAAGUUCAUUGU